CUUGAUUUUUACAGAUGUCAACGCAUUGUUUGAUCUACGACGACCUAAUCCAUCGAUUGCGGGUACUUUAUCUGAGCGUUAUCGUUAUGAGCGGCAUGAACAUGGAACAGACAUGACCAGGAGUCUUGGUUUUCUUUUCUUUCCUUUUUCUUUACUCUGUUUUCUUUCUGCUAUUAAUUUCCCUUCUUCUAUUUGGUGAUUUUCUUUUUGCAUGAGCGAUUGCAUAAUCUUGGUUGAAUUCUCAAGUGUCGAGUUUAGUUCUGUUUUUGGUUUCGGGUUUUUUAUUACAUGGAUGAUUGUACUAAAGAUACGACUUAGAGUUGGGGCGGCUGCACGCCUGAGCGAGCCGGACUCGCUCGGUGGCAGCCGCGAAGAAAGCCUUGGAGUUUUUGUGGGUCGUGGGGGACAUUUUUCUGGAUGGAUAGACUAUGGUGCUCUUUUUUCUUCCCGCGCGAUCAAUUUCCACUAUUGUUCUAUGGUUUCUAUUAUGCGAUCUCUUGUUUCACCCACCUGUUAGACUAGAUUUCGGUUUUGAGUGCAUCAAUGUAUAAGCAAUGUUUA